AUGUUGACGCCCGUGGUUCCCUACAGAAGUUUUGGACAAUUCACGGAAGAAACAUCGCUGAUUCUUAUUUAUGUGGACACGAACACAUCUCCGAAUCUUCGCCUUUACGAAAACCUACAGUUGUUGAAUGACCGAACAUUAAUCUUUUACGUACAUGAGCCAUUCUUGGAAUAUAUUCGUACUCACUGUAAUCAGCAUGCAAAUUUAAUUUUGUCUACUGCACUAGUAGAUGAACUUGUACGACAAGUACACCACUUACCUAACGUUGAUUCCGUAUACAUUCAUCACCAUGAAGCCGAUCGAUAUAAUUUACUAUCACAAUCAUGUUCUAAAGUGAGGGCCGUCUAUCGCAAUCCGGAUAAUUUGUUUUCUCAAAUUGGUAUUGAUCUUGGUCUGCUUUUCUUUAAACGAUUCGAACAAUAUAAGAAGAAUGGUGAUAUUAGUGCAGCAAACGAAUGUCAUCAACAUUCACUGGAAAUGUACAAUAUUGUAAACGAAUGUAUGAAGGCAGACGAAGAAGAAAUUAAAGAGUUCAGUCGAUUGUAA